AUGGCAUUUCCCUUGACCCUUGUGCUGACCUUCCUGCUGCUGGCGUCCACUCACAGCACAGGUAAUGGGAGUAAUCGGUACGUGGCGCUGUUAAAGGAUGUUGCACACUUAUUAGAAGGAGAAAUGGACCCAAUCCCUGCCCCUGCAAGAUCAGGCUCCAAAGAUUCCGAAAGGAUUCGGACUGUAAUCUCCAGUUUGAUGGGCGGACUCAGAACUUUCAGUGCUCUACCUCAACGGAACGUGGCCUCUUUUCUUAAUAAACGUGCACUGGACAGUAAACGACUCUCUGCCUUUCUCUACAACAUCUCCCUGUAUCUGCAAAGCAACAAUCCUCAGUAUCCGGCGUCAGAAGACUUCACACCGAACACGCUGGAUCCCGAAGAGGUGGAGAAUGGGCCUCCGCCCAGAGCCACGCUGGAACUGAGGGACCUCUUUGUUUCUUUGCGGGCCAGCCAGGACCUGGACAAUCUCAUUGAACUUGUGCAGAGCAUCCUCGACUUACUGACCAACCGCCAUCUGCUCAGGUGGAUUUUUCAGACGGACAACCGGGAGGUUCUGGCUGGACUGAUUGAAACUCUUACCCAGACGUUAUACAGCGGGACUUUCGCACAAGCCAAAGCCCGUAUUCAGGAGUUAAUCUGCUCCUUAAUCGGAGAGAGAGUUUGCAGCAUUAAUGUAGGGUGGCUUGAAAAUCUAGGCAAGCUCCUCAACUGGAAAAACUGGAAAUCAGUGGUGAACUUCCAGCCUCCCGGCAAUGACCAAUUCCGACCAUGGAAUGAGCCUCAAGCGUCCGGGAGCGACAGGAAUCCUGCUAACGUGGUGGAGAACGCUAGCACUGUGCAGAGCCUUCUGCAGAUCCUCUCCAAACCCAGUGGGAGGAGAGGCGGUGCCGAGGGUGCACCCCUGCUGAAUCGAGCCCGGCACACCUGGGCGGAGGACGCCUUGUGGGGUGGGCUGCAAGAGCUGAGGCAGAGUAUUUUGCGCAAGGUCGGGACCUCCAUCUACACGAAUUUCAAGAGGAAGGUAGCACGGAUGACGGCCUCCCUGGUAAAUGAGGUUUCAUCCGUUAUCGGAAUCCCGCAAUCAGGUCAAAAUGGGAAGUGUUCUCCAGGGAACUUACGGCAACUCCUCUUAUGGGGCAUCAAGAACAAUAUCUCCUGGGACACGUCCAUCCUGGGAUUCAGCUCCCCAGGGAUUUUGAAGGCGACUCCCUUCCUCUCCUGUGGGCGAGGGAACAAAGGGCCGAGAAAGCCGCGCCAAGUGUCCAGCAGGUCGGAGCAGGUGGCCGCAGCCGGCGGGGGCACCCCUUCGAACAUCGGCAGUCUGGAAACCGUUUGCAAUGACCCCAGCCCCAGGCUUCCAGGGGUGUCCAACUUCACCGCCUACCUCUACUGCAACCUCUUCAACCGGAGCGGCGGCUACAGCCGGCCGCCACCCGACCUCCGCUCCGCCUGCUCAGACGCCGCCUGGUAUCUGUCGGUGGUGGAGGAGGAUCUGUACUGGGCACAGCUCUGCAGAUUGUUCUACCCAUCCGAGUUCGCUUCCAGCGUCUGCAACGAAGGGUCCCUUCGGAGCGCUCAGGAUCUCGGCCGAGCCUGGCUUCUGCCCCUCUGCUCGGGGUUGCAGGGGGGUUCCGGGAAUGCCAACCUCUCCGCCGGUCCUUGCCACCGGGAGCCCGACGGCCAGCCUGAAUAUUUGCGGCAGUGCGUGCCCCCAGAGUCUCUGCAGAAACUCUGCUCUAACCACAGCUGGUGGCGCGGAGAGAGCGCAACGCGGUUUCUGGUUGACCUUUGCAGCCAGUUGAGCGGGUCGAGGUGGCUGGGGUUUAAUCCGGCUUCUCUCGCCCAAUUCUGCUCGCGAGUGAAGCUCAGGGAAGAACUGAACGUGAACGAGACUUGGAUGGACCAAGUAUGCUGGUGGCUGUCCGCCGUCUCCCCGGGAGCGCACGGUGGAGGUGCCAACUGCGCACGGAUGUUGGAGUAUUGGGGCGCCCUGGACAACGCUGAAGACUGCACCUUCGGGUACGUCAAACUACUCUGCUCCAACGAUACUGCUGGGGGCGUCUCGUCCAAACUGAUCUGUGCAGCUUUGUCCCCUGCCGUGGAGAAGUCAGCUGACCUAUCCCGCGCCUGCACUCGUCCAUUUGAGCUGUCCAACGUCACGGGCUGGGAUUUGCACCAGUGCAUCCUUGCAAAUGCCACCGCUCACGUCCACAAUCUCUGCACCAAUGGCACGUCCCGGGAACUGGGGGCCAGCAGUAGCUUCUGUCGGCAGCUUCACCAAGCGAGGAGGGCGCUGGAUAUCGUGUUGGCUGGAGAUGGGCCCUUGGCCUGCGAUUAUAACUCAUGGUCUCUCGACACGUUCUCGGAUGGCGUCCUCGUUGCGAGGUGCCGAGAUCUGGACGCCGAUGGCUUCAAGAAGACUGUUUGCCGAAACUCCACGGUAUAUCAAUGGAUCUCACAGGAACAACCCUGGAUUGUAGAUUACUGCUCGGAGCCCGCUGCCCCGGGAAGGGAUGAGUGUUUUUCCCGGUUUUGGCUCGAUCUUCUCCCUGAGCCUUUGAGCAUCAACACGACUCAACUGUGUGAGAACCCGGCGGCCUUCCUGAAAGAUCUACUGAAUGAGUUCAACAAUUGCGAUGACCAAACCUUCGACUGGAUUUCAGGCGCCAACUACAUUCUUCGAGUCUUCCACUAUCUCCUGGGGCCUCCCGCGCUCGAUCACACCGAAGAGGAGGUCCAAGAGGUCUUGAGCGAAGCCAUUCUCCUUUCCAGCCUUUUGGAUAAUUCUUCUUUCUGGAUUGCCUUCAACCCCAAUGCGUCAGUCAGCAUCUUGCAGACUGUGGACAAUUUUCUGAAGGAGGAAACAGACGCAGCUCUCAAAAAGGACCUUCUCAAUUGUUUCAGUCCGGUGCUCUGGGAUCUGUUACAGAAUGAGAACGAGUCACCAGCUCUGCGAGUCCUUUUUCAGGAGUACCUGCACAUGCCCCAGGAGAAUUUCCAGAAGCUGCUUAUGUCAGCCGAAAGUGACGCUGUCAAGAAGCUGCUCUCCUACAUGCACAGGACGUGGCAUCAGUUUCAGGUGGGCACCGAGUGGGUUUCCUGGCGCGAUGAGCCGGCUCUGGAAACUCUCACCGCUUCCUUUCUGCACAAGUUUCCGCGGGUGACGCCCGAACUCUUCGUGGAUCUGUCGCAGUUCAUCCCUUUCAUGACAGUCUCUGAUAUCCAGGGAUUCCCGGUCUCGCUGCUCCUGAACGACAGCGUGCUGGCCGCCAUCCAGGACCACAGUGUGGAAAUGAAAGCCGGUCAGAAGGCUGCCUUUGCCAGGAGGGUGCUGAGCACCUUUGGACAGGUGGGCUCCUGGCCCCCAAGCCUCCUGAGGUCAGUCUGGGCACUCCUUCCCUACCUGCCCACCGGUCAAUUCCAGCAGCUGACGGCCAGACAGCUGUCUUCGGUGAGUGAUCUACUGGGGAACAGCAGCCUGGAUCUACCCCGGGCCCGACACGUACUCCGCACCAUCAUCAACUUCAGCCGGAGCCUGUCCAGCGGCCAGCUUGAGAGGCUCGGUCGAUUGGUUUGCUUCGCCAGACAGUCAGACCUUCAGAUGCUACUUGUUGCCCAGCCCCAGGCAGACGUGGUCUCCAACGCGCUCUUGGAUUGCAUCAGUGAUGGCACCAUUGAUCCCAGCAGUGGGACUGCCCACCUUUUGGUGACCCACCUGCGGGGUCAGAACGUGAGUGUACUAACCCACCAGGACCGGGUAGCCCUGGGUGGGAUCCUACCUGUUCUCGGCAUGGCUUUUCUUCAAAACCUGUCCGCCCACCAAAGGUUAGCUGUCAUCUCCGGACUUGACCCUGCAUCAAUCACUGCUGCCCAGGCUGAUCAGCUUGUGACGGAGAUUAUUCAGGAUAGUAACGUGUCCGUGGAUGCCCUCUGCCACCUUGGACAACUGCUGCCUGGCUUGAGUCCAUCUGCCCUGCAGCGCCUUCCAGCCCGGGUUUUGGCCAGAGCCUGCGCCUGCUUCCACCCUUUCCUGAUUCAGCUCUCUUCCGCCCAGAAAGCUGUGAUUCUGGACGCUCUCCGGAUGGAAGGCGAUGACAGGAGGCAGCUCACCCGGUUUGGCUGUCUGAUUCCAUUCGUUCCCUUGAAGGACCUGAUCUUUGACCCUGAGGACUUUCUGGGAAACGACAGCCUCCUCAGGGAGUGGAAGUGGUCACUGCAGCAGCUUGUUGUCCUACCCCACCCUCACCUUUUUAUUCUGGCACCUUUCCCCUUCUUUUCCAGUCCUGAUGAAGAGUCGUGGCCCAAAAUGUCUUCUGUUUAUUCAUCUCCAAUGACACUGGCUUGCUGUGUUCCUCCAGCAUUUUGUGUGUGUUGCUCUGGAUUUCCAGCAUCUGCAGACUCUCUUGUUGAUGAUUUCAGGUCUUUGGGGAAUGUGGCCAGAGGGGCAGAUUGUGAAGCUCUCCGGCAGCAAGCCGCAGAUUCCGAAUUCUUGGCCGCAGUUGUGCUUCUCAGUCAGCUACACGGUGGAAUCAGGCAGUCUCUGCACAAGUGCAUUAUCAGGGAACUCAGACGGUGGCCCAGAAGAUUCCAGAACAACGUCCUGCUGAUGGGCCCAGAGGUCGUGGCUGAAUUACCUCUGAAGAUCCUGAACAGUCUUCCCAAUGAUUCAGUGAGGACCAUCCUACGUCAAUUGACAAGACACCCCUUGCAUUUGCUGGACCUGCUGCCCCACAAACGCAGUUACUUGGCAGAGAGAGCCCUCCAUCUCCUGGGAGUUGGAGCUGAGGAUGAAAUUUCCGGAGAGGUUCUGGACAGCCUGGGACCUCUUGUCAUCUUCAUUGAAGAAGAGAAGGUCAAACACAUCGACCGGCCGGACCUGCUACUUCGCCUGGAUGAGGUCAAAAGUUACUGCAUCCCUGAGCAAAAUAGGAAGUCAUUUGGUUGGCUGUUGACCAAACAGGAUGUGCUGGGGGAUACUUCAGGCUGGAGUGUACAGCAGAUAGAAUACAUAGGUAGACUUGUCUUCACCCUUCCACCUGAGGAUAUACACAGGCUGCCAAAGGUGGUGCUGACCCCUGAGACGGUGGAGAUGGUGCUGAGCAGCGAGCGACGCUGGGGGCUGAGCCUGGUGGGCAGGCUGUGCCGGGGGCAGCAGAGUCUCUCGGACCGCACCGCCCUCCUCAGCAAGAAGCAGAGCCUGGCAGUGAACGCCGUCAAGAGCAUCGUGAAGAGGCGGAGAGAGGGCGUCCCUGACUGCAUUGACAUCAAAGCAACGUUCCCUGCUGCUUGGAGCACUGGCCAGCUCACCGGGAUGAAGGAAAGCGAGUUUGCUGACUGUUUGGAAGUUCUCACCGGCGACCCGGACCUGUCUGCGGAGCAGCGGAGGAUACUGGUGACCAAGGCCAAGAACUUGUACGGGCCAGUGAGAUCAAUGAAACGCUGGCAGGUUCUGCAGCUGGGUAGAGCUGUCACCCAGCUCAGCGGCCGAGACCUACAGUCCCUGGACCUGCUGGACCUGGGUAUUCUCUCAUUCCUGGGAGAGAUGGAUGAAUGGAGUGCGAAACAGAGGAGGAUCGCGUUUGGCAGCUUCCUGUCACGGGCCGGAUGGCAAGUUACGAACCUCAAUGCCACGACGCUGGUAGCCUUGGGCCACUUCAUCUGUGGAAUGUCAGUCUCCGAGCUGGAAAGGAUCCGGCCCAAAGAAUUCUGUAAAGCCGUGUUGUUCAUUGGCAACUUGAAGCUGAGAUGUUCUGAAAGCCAGUUUGAAGCUCUAGCCAGACUGACCACUCGCUCUGAGGCCUUUGGGCCAGUUAACAAGUGGGGGCCCGAAAUCUUCACUGAAAUUGGCUCCAUUGCAGCGGGGUUGACCGACAUGGCCCUGUCGUCACUGAUUGCGCAGCAGAUUGAGGGGCUCACACCUACCGCCAUUGCCCUCAUUCCCCCCGAUAAAUUCGCGGUGGUGUUCAGCGCCGACCAGCUGUCCUGCUUCAGCAGUGUCCAAGCCUCUGCUGUGACCGGCGGGCAGUACGAGAGGCUGAGCGCCGAGCAGCGGCGGGUGGUCAGCGGAGCGCAGUAUGACGGCGAGCUCCACCAGGAGCAGAGGGGUAAGAACACUUCACCCUUAUCAGCCUCAUUCAGAUUUGCUGUCCUCUACCUAUGUCUCACAGUGACCUGUACCUGAAAGUGGCUGGCUGCUGGAAUGGGUUCAUGCUAGAUUUGGAUUCUGAGUUUUUAAAUAUUUGUACUAAAUCAUGAAUUUUAAAAAAUGGGCUGGUAUCCUUUUGGUUGGUUUUCUACUUCGGAAUAAUCUGAUGCAGCAAAUUAAA